GCCUGUAAACGUCACGUAUGACGUGCUACCUACCUACUAGUGCUCUACCAAAAUAUGUCAAAUGACCUUGCCAGUUUGUAAACAAUACAUUUAGCUAAAAGUGGUUUUGUUAUAAAAUUAAAGUCGUUUAUUACUAUUUGGAAUUGAUAUAUCUCGAAUUUCAUUCUGUUAACGUAAAGUGUAAAAAUGAAUAUUGAUUUCGAAGCUAUGGCUGUUUUAGAAGAGGAGUCCCAGAAUGAGUCCCUGGGCGGGGUGUUCGGUUCCGGCACAUCGGCGGAGGUGGAGCGGCGGGAGGGGGGCAAGCGCGGCCGCAGACCCGGCAGGAAGGCGCAGCUCGACAAGCAGGACAUGAAGGCGAAGCUGGAGCGCAGCAGGCAGUCGGCGCGGGAGUGCCGCGCGCGCAAGAAGUUGCGGUACCAGUACCUGGAGGAGCUGGUGGCGGACCGCGAGCGAUCCGUCAUGUCGCUGAGGAAGGAGCUCGAUAUGUACUACAAAUGGAACCAGGAACUCGACCAGGGCCGCAUGCCUGAAGGCCUCGAGGCACUCCUUCAGGAGAUGGGAGUCGUCAAACCGGAGGAACAGAAGCAUUUCUGAUGACAGCUACCACAGGAUACCGGUGAAGAAAAACAGGUACCACAACAUACCAGCAAAGAAAAACAGGUACCAAAAAUUACCAUAAUAGAAAAACCGGUACCAACAAUAAUAAAAAGGGAAAGCAAAAGAAUACAAGCAAUUAAAAGUAGAAAAGCAAUGGAAAAACAGAACAAUAUAAUAGCUUAACAUUUUCAAAAUGUACCACAAAUUAUUUUCAUUAAUGUCAAAAUAGGUACCACGAUAUAAAAUGUAAAAUGUAUAUCAGCAACUUGAAGAAAUAGGACAGAAUAAUCUUUGACUUUGAAAAGAAGUACCACAAUUAGUAAUUACUUAUCAAUAGCAAAUCAGGUACCACAGACAAGCUUUCUGCUUUCAUGUAAAUAUUAUGCAGAUUAGUUUUAACUUUUAAUCUUAGGUUAAGGAGCAUUGAUAAACGUUUUUAUGUGAGACGUUUUUAGUGUGUUGUUAAGAUUUUUUUACGUGGUAGAGCCAUGCUUCGGCACGAAUGGGCCGG